UCGAAUUUUCCCUUUUUUUUUCGUACUCAAUGUAAUUUGUAACGAACUCAUUUUUGCUACCGUGCCACGGUUGAAUACCGACAUUAAGAUGGAUGUGCCGACAGGCACAGAUGAAGUUGACAAGUCAUGGGAUCAUGCUUGGUCUACGGAUGAGAUAAGAAGUAAACGGAGAGAGUGGAGUCUUGCUGGAGAUGCCGGACUUCUGAAGCAUCUGCAACAAUUUUCUCAGAACCUAAUAUUUAAAGCUAACAAGACUCAGGAAACAUUAAAUUCUCUGACCACCCAGUUAGAUGAAACAGCUUUAUUUAUAGAUAAUGUCACUAACACAUCGCUAGCCUUGGCAAAUACUCAGUUCAUAGAGAGUCGGGUUAGCGAGGAUGAUGUUGAAAUGGAGAAACCGAAAGCAGGCGAACAUCAGAAAGCGAAGAACGAGCAGACCACUGCAGAUUUGAUAGCUACUGUGAAUGAGAGUUUGCUUCAAGGUUUAGAAGUGUUGGAUAAAAAGUUUGAGCGAUUGGAGAUCGUUCCUAGUGACAGCGAAGAUGAAGGCGAUGAUGUGAUUCCAAGCAUUAUAUUAAGGCCCAAAAAUCCUUAUGAAGAUCGUCCAUUGCCAUAUGUGAUUGGAUCUGAGAAAUGGAAAGCCUCUAAUAAAGUUGGCUUAGAAAGCAGCAGCAGUGAAUCCGAGCAAGCAGAAGAAGAGGAAGAAUCAGAAAGUAAUUACGAUGAUGAAGAAGAAGAAUCCGUUAUGAAUUCAAGCAAUCUUCAUAAGUCCUUGAUAGCCAAAUUAUCUUCUGCAUCGAGUGAAUCGAAUGAUUUUAAUGUUGAUAGUAAUAGUGUAAAACAUUUAAGUCAAGGACAGCUUCAACCUGAAGUUAACGAUAAACAUGAUUCAGAUUCAGAGACAAGUGCAAUUACCAAUGGUCCCCCGAAGAUUUUGGGAUCGAAGAAUGAGGCACCUUCAUUUGCCGAUGAAUUGGCUAAAAGGCUGGGAAAAGUCAUGCCUACUCAAGAUUUGCAAAACAUAAAAGAAGCUGCCGAGUCAUCUAUUAAUCGUUCAAAAGAUGAGCUUUUUACGCCAGAAGAUGAGGAAGAUAUAUUUAGUACUAAGUCGAAGAAUCUAUUUAGUGGUGGUAAAGGUUUGUUCGACGAUGAACUCUCAAAUUCUCUUUGGAAGAAUGCACCUUUAAAUACUCCAAAGACAAAUAUUAUUCCUCCUAGUAUCGAUGUACCACCUCCGAUGAGUUCUGUCUCAUCGAAACCAAAAUCUGAAAUUGACGAUUUAUUUGGCGAUGCUGAUUCUGAAGAUUCCGAUGAUAUAUUUUCAUCGAAACAUUCAACGAAGAUACAAAAGCAGAUUCCUACCAGGGACCAUGCAAGUGCCACAAACUCUGGAAAAAAGUGGCUUGGCAUCGCAGCAAUGGAUGGAUCUAGUCUCACGACUAGUACACCGGAGACUGAGAAUGUUAAAGAUUCGUUCGGUGCUGAAGCGGACGAGGAUGAUCUCUUCAACGAGGCUAAAUGUGAGAAUAAGCGAACUGCUGAGAUAACACCAACGGAAUCAAAUAAGACCCAAAGAAAGAAACCAGUCGCAGGGGUCUCAAUAUUCGGCGACACGAACAUUGCUUCCGAUUUCGAAAAGAAGCUGCAAAGUAUGAUGCCUCGCCGACAGUCCUCGGAUUCGUCUGGUGAAGUGACGCCAAGUAAUGUCAGUCAAAGUGGCAAUGCGACGAAUUCCGGCGAUAAUAUGCUUAAUGCGAGGAUAAAUGAGAAUCUAUCCGAAAUAAGUUCCAUUGCGGUUGGAGGACACGUACACAGAUUGGCAGAGCACGUUGAAUCCAGCGAUAGCAGCGGCAUAUCAAGUCAACCAUCGAGUAUCAACAUUACUUUCGGUUCAGGCUUUGGGGCGGAUUUCCAUCCUGUGGUGACAUCUACCCGACUUAAGUCCGAGGAGAUAUUCCGUGAAAGAGUUGUCAGCGACAGUCUUUUCGAGGGCCCCUCUCGGCGACGUGGAAGCAACAAUUCUGCCGGUAAUUCUAACCGACCUAGGGAAGAGAGGAUCGAGGAAGUGUCCGAUAGGCAGAGCGACGUCUUUGAAAACGACUUAUUCGGGCCGCCACCGCUUCCAAAAAGUGGCGACAAGUCGAAGUCAAAGGUAGUGUCCCUUUUCGACAACUCCGACUCUGGCGACGAGUUGUUCUCCAACACAAGCUCGGGAUCGCGAUCCCAGAAAAGCGCUGAUUUUCUGGUGGCCACGCCGCAUUCCUUGGAGAAGUCGAAGCCACCUCAGAGGAAGGGCCUCUUCGACGACGAGUUCGACAUCUUCGGGUCGAAAGACUCCCCCGACGUGGACAUAUUCGGCAGGAAAUCCAGAGAAUCCAUCCCCAGGGACGAAAAGCCACCCCCGUUAAAAACACUCGGCACGUCUGCAACGUCGGAUAAUAAAAUGUCGGCAGAAGUUGCCGACUCUAGAGACCCGAAGGUCGGCGUCGAUAAAAGUAGUGCCUCGAGGUCGCUGAACACGAGAGUCACCCAGAAGAGCAGCAUCUUCGAUCAGAGCGACGAAGAGGAUGACAACGACCUAUUCGGCUCGAAUUUCGGUAGCAAGCCUGCGAAGAGUGAAACCACCACGAAGCAGAAUUUGUUUAGUUCCGACGAAGACGACCUCUUUGGUACCCCUCCGGCCCUGAAAGAAAAAUCGACGGAACCUCAAAACGCGUCUGAGCCGCCAAAGGAAGCUGUGAAAAAAUCGAAUGACGGUAAAAAGGUAAAUGACACCGAGGAGGUGUUUACAGGCGAGUCGGCAGCUCCUUCGAGUUCUCGAGACCGGCUCUUCGACGAUAUUCCUGAUGACGACGACGAUGAUCUCUUUGCGGAGAAAAAGCAGACGCGGAAGGUUUCCCAGAAGGAAGAUGUUGGUACCAAGAUGGGGAUUGCUGAGAAAUCCGGCGAUUUUGCAGAAUCAGUUGCUGAAGUUCAAGGGAAGGAUGAUGAAAAAUUGAGCUCAGACUCGGAGAUGAAGUCGGACCACCCGGUCGAUUCAGUUGAUAAGGUCUCAAGAGAGCCUGAUGCACGUGGCUCUCGGAUUGCUGACUCGGAAGAGGUGGACUUUAAAAGAGACGACUUUUUUAACAGUACCAAUGUACGAAAAGAUCCCCCUAAGUCGUUAAACAUUAGGCCUUCGGUAUCGGUGGCUAGCGAAGGAACUGCCCCCGUUCCCCGGAGAUCCGUGUCUGUUAAAAUAAAGAACCUUAUGGGGAAGAUGAGCGAUCUGAAGAUCUUGUCGCCAACCGAUACACCUCCUAGCUGGAAGAAAGGAGAAGAAACCUCGGACGAGAGCAACGAAACCACUGAUAGGGAUAGCGAGGACGGCGGCUGCGUUAGUUUACCUAGCGAUAGAUCACCGCCAGAAAGCUCAGAAGACUGUGCGUCGCAGAAGCAGUCGUCCGAAGUCGCAGUUCCUGGUUCUCGGGAUACAGAAGUCGCCGUCAGUUUUGAUGGGCCAAUUCAAAUAGAAACGUUAUCAGCAACUGUGUCGAAGAGUCGAGCGCGAAUUCAAGCGAAAAGACGACCGCAGAGCAGACACGCUCGUCAAUCGGCACUUCGACACAGUGGAAUCGACUUUGAUACUGUGGAUACCACAACGGGUAACAUCUUAGAAGUCGAUCGUAGCGAGUUGAUCACAUCGGUGCAUACCAGCACUGUUGAAAGAACUACAACGGAGCGACUAUUCGUACCAGGAAGCAUCGAAGGUUCUAAUCGCACAGCGACUGAUUCGAAUUCAUCAUAUCAUGGAGACGACAAAUCGGAGCUCAGCAUCAGCAAGGAGAGCUCAAUGAGCAUUAACAAGAACACGUUGCUUUCUCCGUCGACAGAUGAGGAGGAUUUAUUUGACGUCCCGCCCGACUUGCCCGAGGAUCCGCAGAAGGAGGACCUUUUCGGCAGAGCGCCAUUGUUGUCUCCGAUAGAGAACAUCGGCAUUAUCAAGAAAAGGAGCAACGUAGAAAUCUUCAGAGACACCUCGAUCCGUUCCGGCGAAUCAAAACAGAGCUUUGUUAACGUAGAGACAAGGCAGACCUACAAGAUCAGUGCCGAGGAGAUAUCCACGAAGGAAGAUGUUACCAGCGAUGGGUCGACGCUGAUCGAGGACGAGAAUGUUAAGGAGAAGACAAAGGAUAGGAGUUACGUUAGAGAGACUCGAGAUUCGAUUAUCAUACAGGAGAGUCAUGCCGAGACUCGCGAAGAAACGCAGACUGAGAGUGAACCAAUUGAUCCUUUGCGCGAUGACAAUCACGAUCCCCUGAAGGACCCAAGCCAGUUGUUUGCAUUUGUUACGAAAACUCCGUCACCUGAGAAAGGCAAGACCUUGUUGUUUCACGAGGAUGACAGUCUGUUUUCCACUGUGCCGAAGAUAUCCAGCACGGAAUCCAAAAUUGGCACGUUAGAUCUCUUCGCCGAUGAUGGCGAUGGUGAUCUAUUUUCGACACCGGUAGCCAAGCAGGCGAAACCCAUAAGCAAGGAGAAGAAAUUAAGUCUGUUCGGCGAUGACGAUGAUGACGAUGACGACACGGAUAAUUUGUUUCGCUCGUUCUCGAAGAAAGUCGUCGAUGCCGAGGAAGAUACCAAAGUGAAAAGUAGUCCUGCGCAAGAGUCUGCAAAGAAAGAUAAAGGUUUCGACGUGACUGUUGAGGUGAAAAAAUCGAAAGAGGUUGUCGCUGAGGAUACUUCAGGCAAUUUUAAUAAGGAUAAGGAUAAGGAUUUAUUUUCGACGGUCAACAAGACCAAAAAGAUGCCGAAGGAAGACAUUUUUGGCGGAGAGUCUAGCGAGGAAGACGACCUCUUCGCCGUUAAAAAAACUAUUAAGAAGCCUGUGCAGGCGUCAUCGUUGUUUCCCGAUGACGAGGAUGACGACGGUGAUAUAUUCAUGAAAGGAAAUGUAUCGACCGGUUUAGCAUCGACGUCGGAAACACGGGCAGUAAUUAAGAAGUCAGUUACUAAAGAUCUGAAGAAAACUGCUGGGAAGAUAGCUGAAGAUCCACUGAGUUCGUUACAAGAUGAUUAAUUUCGGAACGUAGAAUGCGACUUUUAUGGUUUACAGGUUUCUCGUGUAUAUGUUAGCGAACCGAUUUAAACACGUGACUAUGUAUUUUGUAGAGGUAUCCGUGUCCGAUGAUGUUUCCGCCCUUUUUUAUUUCAAGUUAUCGACAUUUCUACAUCCUGGUAACACAAUCGUCGUCCGAUCACUACAGAUGCAUAAUUCAGUAACGUGUGCACGUGUUCAUUGUAUUUUAUAACCUGGAGAACGAAGGUGAAAUAAUGUUUUUUUUUUAUUGGGCAUAGUCCCUUUUGUAUGUACACUUUUAGUUUAAGGUGUAUUAAUAUAUCGUCGUUAAUGAUCGCGAAAUGUGCAUGCGUGUUUGUAAAGCACGUUGUUUGUAUAUAUACCUCGAAGCAAUAACUGUCGUCACCGUAGCGUUAUUAGCAUUUAAUUGUGCUUUAAUAUAAAAAGUGCAUUAAGGAAUGGCUGGUAUACAUUGAAAUUAUUAUCGCAGUAUUAAUGAUAAAGAUUUUAACGUUACAUUGUUAUCGGGUCGCUUUAAAAAAUCUCGUACUAUUUAUACUAUUCGUCUUAUAUUUACCACGUAACGAUUGAUAACACUUCAUUAGAGAUAUAUUGUAUAUGAUUUGCCGCAAGAGAGCGUAAGAGAUAUAUUUCUUUUUUUUUUGUUGUUUUUGUAUUUAUCAAUUACUAUUAUUUUUUGCGUAUCUCCUCCGUGAGUAGGAGUAACUUAUAGAGCAAUAUUUCGGUGAUCGCUUAAGAAUAAGAUCCAGAGAAUAAAUAAUACAAGAUUGAAAA